GAAAGCUGCGUUUGCGUCUGUUUUUGUGAACGAAAUAAUUACUUUAAACUUAUAUGUUAUAUGAGACUGUUUAAUUGAAAUAUUUAUUUAAAAACAGGUACCCAUACUUUAAAAAUAUACGCAUGCUAAAAUCGUUUACUAUGCAUGCUUUGCGUAAACAACUCGCUGUUCAAUUGGGAACAGACGAGAUGAAACGCUGUGAUCUUUGUGGUAAAGCGGAUGGAAGCGCGAUAUUCGCUUGCGGUCAUCCGGGUUGUAGUGACUGCGUGGCUGCUGGCGAGUGCAAGGAUUGUGCACCCUUGAUGGAACCAAGUUCCGAUGUCCCUUUAUUGGAUGACCCUCACUCUGAAGCAGCUAAAGCUUCUCUUCAGGAUACUUUACAAAUAGAAGAGUACCAGAGGCAGAGGGUAUCCGAAAAACUAAGGGUGGAGAAAGAAUUGUUCCCAGAAUGCAUACAAGCUCCUGUUAAGUACUACAAUAAGAGGAAAAGCUUGAAUGUGUCUAGGAAGGACAAAGAAAAUAGACACACCAUAUUUCCCGGAGAAGAGAUAUCAGGAUCAAGAGAGUUUACAAUGAAUAAGUCAAGAUCAUAUGUUCAGGAAUGGUUGAGCAAACAAUCAAACACUUCUUUUGGACCACAGCCACGCUCACCCUUCUCAGACCUUAAAGUAAAUACUCACCACAACCAGCCACACUCUACCCCAGUGAAAGAUGUACAAAAAGAAAAUAUUCCAAGGUUAGGAACAAGGCAGUCAAAUGCAGGCAGUCAAAUGCAGCAAGGCAGGAAAAGACCAAGGCUAAGACAGACAUCUGCAACACCACAGACAAGUCUAGAUAACUUCUUGAAACCUGUAGAAAAAGCUGAGUCUAAGAAAUCUUGGGGUGCUAAGAGGUUAAAGCAAGAAUUUGGAGAACCCAAACAUGUGGAAUCUAAAGGGUAUGGUAAACAUCAACAUAACGAUAGUGUGAUUGAGAUUGAAGAAUGCUAUACUAUAGAAGACACACAGGAUCAGAUUAUAGAUAAAGAUAGAAUGGCUCUCUUAGAAGUGCAGAAAGCCAGUCGCAAGGUAUCUGUGGAAAUAAUAGAAGAUUCGGAAGAAAAUACUCUACAGUCACAAAAAACAUCUCAUGUGCCAUUUUUGAAAAAGAGAUAUCUUUUUGAAAACUGUACAGAAUGUAUUCAUGCUAGCAUGAACACUUCAACUGAUAAUGAACAAAGUUCAUACAAGAGUUCUCCAAGGAAAUCUAACGAUGUCUCAAUAACCGUAGAGAAUAAAAGUUUCAUAGCUACUAUAAGUAUAGUUGAUUGUAACCCUGGUAAAAAACAGUCAACUGCAGUUCAAACAGUGGAAGAGCCGUUCUUAGGCUUUGAAAAGCCAUCACAAGAGGCUUCUUCAUCACUCCUUGCUAAGAUGAAAGAAUAUAUUGAAACUGCAGACUUAAUAAAAGGUGAUAUGCCAGAGACUGAUUCUCAAAAGACUUCUUGUACGGAUAUAUUAUUGGAGGAGCAAGUGAAUAAGGCUGAUGAAAACAUCCAGGAGGAUAAUAUGUCUAGAUUUGGGCAUAGCAGCGAACAAGAUUAUGGUGUCCUAAAUCCAUUAGAUGGGGCUGGACUCCAGAACAAAAAGCCCAGACGAGGCCGCGGAGCCACGCCGGACAGCAACAACUCCUCUGACAAAGAGAACUGUGAUCCCAAUCGGAAAAAGAGACAGGCUAAAAAGAAGAAAAAUAAAAAAUAAUCCUUAAAUAAAGCCAAGCCAUAUGAAUGUUUUAAGUAUAUAUUAGAAAUUAAAGCAUUUUAUUUUAUAUUUUUAUA